AUGUUGGACAAAAUUUUAUAUAACACAGUCCUGUGCCAGGCGUUAUCGCCGUGUGGAAAGUAUUUAGUAGCUGGAAAUAUUUAUGGACAACUAGCUGUUUUUGACUUGGAUAAUAUUUUCAAUCCUAUGGUAGAAUUACUAACAUCAGAUUAUAAUAAAGCAAAACACAUUCAUAUACUUGAACCUGGGAAUCAAAUAUGCAGUUUAAUUGCUACAGAAAAGUUUUUAAUUGUGGGUACAGUAAAUGAAAUAUCAGGUUGGGAUUGGAAAGCUGUAGUACUUUCAAAAUUAGGUAAGCCUUCUUGGACUAUAAGAAUACAGCCGCAGUCUAUGAUUGACAAAUGUGAUAUCAAUAGCCUGUGGUAUUCAGCAGAAGAAGAAAAACUUUAUGCUGGUUGUGGAGAUAACAAAAUCUAUGCUUAUGAUUUAGAAGAUGGACGAUUAGUUGCCACCUAUGAUGGGCAUACUGAUUAUGUGCAUUGUGUACAUGGCAAUGGCCAACAAUUAAUCUCAGCUGGUGAAGAUGGGCUUGUGUUACUAUGGGAUAUGAGGACAAAAAAAUCUCAUAACAAAAUUAAACCGCACAGUAAUAGAAAAGUAGCAAGGCCUGAUAUAGGCAAGUGGGUUGGUGCCGCAGCUUUGGGUGAUGAUUGGAUUGUAUGUGGAGGUGGUCCAAGGCUAUCCUUAUGGCAUCUACGCUCCCUUGACGCUGUAACAGUAUUUGACAUUCCUGAUCAUGGCAUUCAUGUGUCUUUUUUCCAUGACGAUUGUGUAAUUGCCGGAGGAGCUGCUAAGCAUUUAUACCAAUUAAAUUAUUCUGGUGAUGUAAAAGUUGAGCUACCAGUUUCGGCAACCACAGUAUACUCGGUGGCCCUAAGAACAACUCCUAACAAAGUAUUAACAAUCGCUGGUUCAAGCCCCGAGAUUGAUCUGUGCACUAGCUUCAAUUAUAGAGACCAAGUGUUGCAUUUUAGG